AUGGCGAGAGCUUCCGCUUCAAUUGCAACAUUCCUCCGCCAGUUUCGCGGCGAGACUCAAACCCAGGCGAGAAGGUUGACAGUAGAAUGCAGCGAGAGUGAAUCCAGUAGCGAUGGUUCUUCAGCUGGUAAUAAAAAUCUGAACUUUAGGCGGGAUAGUGGAAACCCAGGGUUGACGGUUGAAUGCAAAGAGAGCGAAUCCAGUAGCAAUGAUUCAGCUGGUAAUGAAAAUCUGAACUUUCGGCGGGAUAGUGGAAACCCAGAUUUGGGGGAAAUAGCUAAGGAGGUUUCUAACCUUAUUAGGACGAAACCCAGAUGGGAACAGACUCUCCGCUCCGAUUUCCCUUCAUUCAAUUUCGCGGACUCCCAAUUCUUUCAAGAGCUUCUCAAGCACCAAACCAAUGCAUUCCUUUUGUUCAAGUUCUUCCACUGGCUGCGCUCGGAGCUCGAUUUCAUCCCUAAUCAAGAUUGCUGCAACGCGUUGCUGAAUUCCCUUUUGGAUGCAAAUGCUGUCAAGGCUGCAAACUUCUUGCUUGAGCUCCCUGGUUUCGCUCCUGAUUUUGAUUCACUGCAGCAAUACAUCCAUUGUCUUUGUGAAAAUGGAUUGAUUCACGAAGCAAUCGAUGUCCUCACAAAGCUUAGAGCGACCGGGAAAUUAUCACCAUCCAUCAAGACGUGGAAUUCGGUCUUACAAUGUUGCUUGAAGCUUGGGAAGACUGAUCUUUUAUGGAAAAUGUAUCAAGAUAUGAUGGAAACAGGUGUUGUUGCUGACAUUGAUACCGACACGGUCUUUUGUCUUAUUGAUGCUUUUGCCAAGGGUGGGGAAGCGGGGAAAGGAUAUGAACUCCUGAAACAACUCUUGAAAGAUGGCUUACCCUUGCAGAAUGCACCUUUCAUUAAGUUGAUAUCUGCGUUUGCCAAGAGAGGGGAAAAUGAUGUGGUCUCUGAACUUCUUCACACCAUGAUUGCAAGGACAAUGAGACCGGAUGUUCAUACUUAUCAGGAAGUCAUCAAUGGGCUCUGUAAGAACGGUAUGCCACUUGAGGCCUUGAAGGUUUUCAACAAUCUUAAAGAUAGAGGGUAUGCAGUCGAUAGGGUUAUGUACACAACUAUGAUUCACGGUCUCUGCAUUUCGAAACAUGUUAGUUAUGCUAAGGAGCUUUGGUUAGAAAUGAUCAGGAAGGGGAUUGUUCCAAAUCACUACACAUAUAAUGCAUUGAUCCAUGGCUAUUUUAAGUCAGGAAAUGUCGAAGGAGCUAAGGAGUUGUACAAAGAGAUGAGUGAUAGAAGAAACUGUGGAGAAACCACUGUUGCUUAUAACACCAUGAUUACGGGGUUGUCCAUGAAUGGAAAGAAUGAUGAAGCUCUCGAAUUAUUCAAGAGCAUGCCGGAAAAGGGGAUGGUUCGAGAUCUGAUCUCGUUCAACACUCUAAUUCUCGGUCUUUGCAAAGAAGGGAGGACAGUUGAGAGCAGGAAGUUAAUAGAAGAACUGCUGGCACUUGGUCUGCAUCCAUCAGCUUCGACCUAUAGUCCUGUCAUUCAGAAGCUAUGUCUAUCUGGAGAUGUUCAAGAAGGUAUAAUCUUGUGGAACGAGAUGCAGAACAAGGGACUACAACCUAGCGCUUGGACUUAUCAUCAUUUCAUAGCUGGGUUGUGCAAGGAAAAAGGGUAUGAGACAGAAGCCAUGGAAUGGCUGUUUGUUAUGCUGAAGAACAACCUGAAACCGAAGCAGAGUAUCUUCGAGAGAGUGGUGCAAUGUUUGCUGCAGAACGAUAGAGUAGAUGAUUCGUUGCUUGUGUUGAACUAUAUGGUGAAGGUAGGUUACUCCCUUAGAGGUAUAGUUAUAAACCAUUUUUUGUGGUGUAAACUUCCGAAGAACAAUCCACUUUUUGUUAAACAAAAUAACAGUUGA